AAGGAAAGAUUUCAAACCCCAAACAGUGCAAUUGAGACCUUUGUAUUAAUAUAUACUACUGAGAAUAUCUAACAUGUUGUUACUAAUCAAUGUCAUUCUCACCUUGUGGGUUUUCUGUGCUAAUGGACAAGUGAGACCUUGUCAUUUUCCCGACAUUAAACAUGGAGGUCUAUAUUAUGAGAGCAUGCGUAGACCAUACUUUCCAGUACCUGUAGGAAAAUAUUUCUCCUAUCACUGUGAUGAAUCUUUUGAGACUCCUUCAGGAAGUUACUGGGAUUACAUUCAUUGCACACAAGAUGGGUGGUCACCAGCAGUACCAUGCCUCAGAAAAUGUUAUUUUCCUUAUUUGGCAAAUGGAUAUAACGAAAAUAAUGGAAGAAAGUUUGUACAGGGUAACUCUAUAGAAGUUGCCUGCCAUCCUGGCUAUGGUCUUCCAAAAGAGCAGACCACAGUUAACUGUACGGAGAAUGGCUGGUCUCCUCCUCCCAGAUGCAUUCGUGUCAAAACAUGCUCCAAAUCAAGUAUAGACAUUGAGAACGGGUUUAUUUCUGAAUCUCAGUAUACAUAUGCCUUAAAUAAACAAGCGAAAUAUCAGUGCAAACUAGGAUAUAUAACAGUAGAUGGUGAAACAUCAGGAUCAAUUACAUGUCGGAAAAAUGGAUGGUCAGCUCAACCCACGUGCAUUAAAUCUUGUGAUAUGCCAGUAUUUAAGAAUGCCAGAGCUAAAAGUAGCAUCACAUGGUUUAAGCUGAAUGACAUAUUGGAUUAUGAAUGCCAUGAUGGUUAUGAAAGCAAUACUGGAAGCACCACUGGCUCCAUAGUGUGUGGUGACAAUGGUUGGUCUGAUUUACCCAUAUGUUAUGAAAGAGAAUGUGAACUUCCAAAAAUAGAUGUACACUUAGUUCCUGAUCCCAAGAAAGAUGAGUAUAAAGUUGGAGAGGUGUUGAAAUUCUCCUGCAAACCAGGAUUUACAAGAGUUGGACCUAAUUCAGUUCAGUGCUACUACUUUGGAUUGUCCCCUGACCUCCCAAUAUGUAAAGAGCAAGUACAGUCGUGUGGUCCACCUCCUGAGCUCCUCAAUGGGAAUGUUAAGGUAAAAACAAAAGAAGGAUAUGGACACAGUGAAGUGGUGGAAUAUUAUUGCAAUCCUAAGUUUCUAAUGAAGGGACCUAAUAAAAUUCAAUGUGUUGAUGGAGCGUGGACAACUUUGCCAGUGUGUAUCGAGGAGGAGAGUACCUGUGGAGAUAUACCUGAACUUGAACACGGCUAUUCCGAGCUUUCUUCCCCUCCUUAUUACUAUGGAGAUUCGGUGGAGUUCACUUGCUCAGAAUCAUUUACAAUGAUUGGGCACAGAUCAAUUACGUGUAUUCAUGGAGUAUGGACCCAACUUCCUCAGUGUGUGGCAACAGAUCAACUUAAGAAGUGCAACUCAUCAAAUUUAAUUGUAAUUGAGGGAAAUUUAACAAACAAGAAGGAAUUCAAUCAUAAUUCUAACAUAAGGUACAGAUGUAGAGGAAAAAAAGAACACAUACACACAGUCUGCAUAAAUGGAAAGUGGGAUCCAGAAGUGACCUGCUCAAUGGCACAAAUACAGUUAUGCCCACCUCCACCUCAGAUUCCCAAUUCUUGGACUAUGAAAACCACAUUGAAUUAUCGAGAUGGAGAAAAAGUGUCUGUUCUUUGCCAAGAAGAUUAUCUGAUUCAGGAAGGAGAAGAAAUGAUGUGCAAAGAUGGAAGAUGGCAGUCAAUACCACGCUGUGUUGAAAAGAUUCCAUGUACACAGCCACCUCAUGUAGAACAUGGAAGCAUUAUUUCAUCCGGGUCUUCACAAGAAAAUUAUGCACAUGGAACUAAAUUGAGUUAUACUUGUGAAGAUGGUUUCAGGCUAUCUAAAGAAAAUGAAAUAACAUGCUACAUGGGAAAAUGGAGUUCUCCACCUCAUUGUGAAGGCCUUCCUUGUAAAUCUCCACCUGAGAUUUCUCAUGGUGUUGUAGCUCACACGUCGGACAGUUAUCAGUAUGGAGAAGAAGUUACGUACAAAUGUUCUGAAGGUUUUGGAAUUGAUGGGCCUGCAAUUGCAAAAUGCUUAGGAGAAAAAUGGUCUCGCCCUCCAUCAUGCAUAAAAACAGAUUGUCUCAGUUUACCAAGCUUUGAAAAUGCCAUACCCAUGGGAGAGAAGAAGGAUUCAUAUAAGUUGGGUGAGCAGGUGACUUACACUUGUGCAACAUAUUACAAAAUGGAUGGACCCAGUACUGUAACAUGCAUUAAUAGCAGAUGGACAGGAAGGCCAACAUGCAGAGACACUUCCUGUGCGAAUCCACCCACAGUACAAAACGCUCAUAUAGUGUCGAGACAGAUGAGUAAAUAUGCAUCUGGUGAGAGAGUACGUUAUGAAUGUAGGAACCCUUAUGAAAUGUUUGGGGAUGAAGAAGUGAUGUGUGUAAACGGAAACUGGACAGAACCACCUCAAUGCAAAGAUUCUACAAGAAAGUGUGGGCCCCCUCCACCUAUUGACAACGGAGACAUUACUUCAUUCCCGUUGUCACUAUAUGCUCCAGAUUCAUCAGUUGAGUAUCAAUGCCAGAACUUGUAUCAUCUUGAGGGUAACAAGCGAGUAACAUGUAGAAAUGGACAAUGGUCAGAACCACCAAAAUGCUUACAUGCGUGUCUAAUAUCUCCAGAAAUUCUGGAAAAAUAUAACAUAACAUUUAAAUGGGUAGCCGAACAGAAACUUUAUUCAAGAACAGGUGAACCAGUUGAAUUUGUGUGUAGAUCUGGAUAUCAUCUUUCACCAAACUCUCAUGCAUUGCGAACAACAUGUCAGGAUGGGAAACUGGAGUAUCCAACUUGUGUAAAAAAAUAUUGAUCAUAAAACGCACACCUUUAUUCAGAACUUUAGUAUUAAAUCAGUUCUCAAUUUCAUUUUUUAAGUAAUGUUUUACUUCUUUUUAUUCAUAAGUAAAAUUUUGGGGUUGAUUUGUGAAAAUGUAAUUAUAAUCUGAGACUGGUGGCUCUCUUCUUAAAAGCACCAUAUUAAAACUUGGGAAAC